AUGCGGAAUUGCUUUAUUCAAUAUUGCCGGAUGGUCACCAGCGGAAGAAACCAUUUUGUGGACCCUACCAUUCAAUCCAAAUCCCCCAGAGCACUUAACACUGAAGUCAUCAACAAACACAUCAUUACAGUUUGAGUGGAAUUUGCCAGUAAAUUCUAAUGGAAAUAUUAAGUUAUACAUUUCAUAUUUUCAACACAUAGGACCAAAAUAUUUUGUUUCAUCGAAAUGCUCUUUCGUAACUGUGGAAGCCAUAUCACGAGAAACAGCUGGUUUGCAGCAGACUUUUCAAAACUUACUGGCAUAUACUUCAUAUAGCCUUCAAGUAGCAGCUCAAAAUGAAUAUGGCGUGGGACAUUACAGCAGACCACUUGUUGUGGAAACUGCACCAUGGAUUUCAGAACCACUUGAAAACCUUAACGCAGCAACAUUUGGUCCGUAUCCUACGGAAGAUCAAUAUCAAGCGCACGUUGUCAUCACGUGGACGAUUCCAUGUAUUACAAAUGGAGAAAUUCAGACAUUUCAGCUCAAUAUUUUCGGCGUACGUGAGGGUCAAUCCAAUCAUACCUACAAUCGAACAAUAUUACCAGUCUAUGAUAGUAACGGCUACGUCACUUACAAGGAAAUUAAUUUAAAACCUGAUUUUGACUACUUUGUCGAAAUCACUGUAAAUAUAGAAGAAGUAAGUAAGAGUAGCCUACCAGCAUCUACAAGUUUCAAGGCACCAUCCGCAAUACCAAAAAAGUUAGACGACCUGCAAAUUCAAAAAAUUGAAGUUGACUCUUUCUCCUCGCACAAUCCCACAAAAACUGCUGCAGUUAAAUUUCCGGUUGAUAUGCUAAAUACCAAUUUAGGAUCAAUAAUAUAUAUGGCUUUACUUGUAUCGGAAAAGCCCUUUUUUUAAUGUGUUUAAAUUUGUUCACCACUUCCACUUAGCCGAAAACCGAACACCGAAAACCGAUUGGAAAGGAAUUAAAUACAGGGAUGUAAUCCAGCCCCAAAACUUGAAUUCGAUUCUUUAAACUCGCACGAAAAUUGGC